AUAGUUGAAACUUGUAACUUAUCAAAAAGGGUAGGUACGUGGCUACCGUAAAACAUUCUUGAUCAGUUGUUUAACGAUUAAGAUUAUUGUUUAUUGAAUAAACAAUGGUCAAUGUAUAUAGAAUGUUGAGCUUGUUUGUGUUAAUUGAGGUUGUAGAGGUUGUUGACUGAGGUGUGUUCCUUAAUUAAAUUCUAUACUUCAGUUUGGGUUUCAUUGGGGAUGCGACCUGCACCACUGGAUUGUUGUUGAUAAUUAGGUGUCAAAGCACGUACUUUACGUAGGUGUCAUGAAAUAGGAGAUCUUAAACGGGUGUGAGUGAAUCAACUGCGAGAAUAAAGGUGUUAAAUUACAAUGGGUGCUGAUAACUCUAAAUCCGAUUCUCAAAAAGCAAGAGAGGACUACACUGAGAAGGUACUGAAGCAGACCUUAGCAACUCAAAGGCAAAUGUAUGAACAAAAAUGUGAGGAACUAAAGAAAGCCCAAAGGCUAGCAGUGCGAUCAUUACAACUGGCUCAAAAUAACAUUAAUGGAAACCAAACUCCCAACAAUAAUGCUAACCAACAAACCAGUAUCCCUGCAAGCACUCAGUUGUACCCAAAUCUAUACAACAUAGCUAAUAAUAAUGCCCAGAUGACAACUGCUUAUACAAACCCCAGUACUUCAUGCUUCCAGAAUCCAUCAAAUACUCAAUUUUCUCCAGUACUACCAUCAGCUCCUUCAGCUCCCACCGCUCCAGCAUCUACGGAAGGUCUGAAAACCACUGCUCAUUCUGUGAGAAAUUCUCUACCUUCACAAACACAGCCCAGAUUAAAUCAGUCUCAACCAGAACACCCAAUAGCUCAGUCGUCCCGAGCUAUUCCUUCAACCAGCUCUGCAAAAGUUCUACCGUUUACGUCUAAGCCGCAAAGCAGGAAUGCCCCUCGUUAUGAAGCAUCUCAGAGCAUAGUGAAAUGUGUGACCUGUAACGACGAACUGGGACUGUACAUUUAUCAAUGCAAGAACGGACAUAGCUCAUGUAAGGAGUGCAGAUUAAAGAACGCUCGAUGUGGUAUAUGCCCCGAGUUUAUCUCAGACAUGAGGAAUAUUACGCUUGAAGCGCAUAUUGCAGAAUUGAAACGACAUGAAUUUAACGAUGGGAAACUAAGUUUUUGCCCCCAUGCCGGAGAUGGAUGUCGCCUGUCUUUUAAGAGAAAUGAAAUUGAUGAGCAUAUCAAAGAAUGCCCUUACCGAGAAAUGGCAUGUCCCCUGGCGGAAAUUUUUGGAAUAUGUACAUGGACAGGUAAAAUAAAUCAACUUGUAAUGCAUUUUAAAGAGGAGCAUCGUGAACAUUUCGAGGCUGACGUAAAUAAGGAAAUGUAUCUGGUUAACAUUGAUGUAAACCAUAGAGUUGUACAUUUGGUUAACCUUGGCCCUUUCCACUUUCUAGUACACUUAGAAGUCAAUCAGGAGCAAAAAAUAAUUUGCAUGACCGUUCAGACGAUGAGUACAAAAUUCAGCGCUUCAAAAUGGUCAUACGAACUGCACGUUUAUAAUAAAAGGCAGCCGCGGAGAAAAUAUAAAUACAUUGACACUUGUAUCUCUAAUAGCGAGACAGUUAAGGAGGUUUUCUCUCAAAAGAAGUGCGCCGUCCUUAGUGCGGAUUAUGCACGUACGUUCCUCGAGAAUAAGAAGCUGACGUACAGAUUCUAUAUAAAAAAUAACUUCGACCCUCGAAGGAACGUGGAAUGAAUUAUAAGAACGUGUACAGUUAUCACAAUCUUACUUGGCCGGGCUGAAGUUAGCUCACCUCCUUAACAACUUUAAACUAUUGAAUUUCAAAAUAUUUCACCUAGGCAGUCGAUGGAGACCCCAGUCCGUCAAAAUUAGAUUUUGCGUACUGUUCCAGAUCAGGUACAAAUUAGACCAAAGUGAAGUAUAUUAAAAUGUCGACAAAGCAUCUGCCUACCCGUCACACAUUUAAAAUCUAUUUUUUCUUCCUUGUCUUAAUGUAAACUAUUUUUGAUGUGAAACUAUAUCAUCGCUAUAUCAUGGAAUAUAGUACUAUUAAAUGGUCGAAGUUUCAAAUAAAUUUUGAAGUUUUAAUUUAUUUUUAUUUCUUUUUUGUUCGUAAUAAAAAUGUAAUAAACAGUCAUUAUUUUAUGGAACAAUUCACACAUUUCGUUAGCUCAAAGUUUGUUUAAAAUUGUUAACAAAAUAAUAAAACACACUUACCAUUUAAAGCAAAUCUCUUUUUAUUUUGUUUGUUUAUAUUUAUUUUAAAAGUUUAUAAAGAAUGUUUACUUUAUAAGACAAGUUAGUAAAAAUAGAGUAUAUGUAUGCCUUAAUAGUGUGGCCCGAUUGAUAUUUUAUUUACGGUGGUUAAGCACAUCCAGCAUGAGUUUUGCACCCUUGUAGUCGUUUUCUUGUACCGAAACCGUUAAGUCGGAAAUAUAGACCUAAUUAUGUUUUGAAGCUUAAGUUUUUCUUGAAUUCUACAGUAAGUAAUAUUUUUUUAUUUCAUUUGGCAAAACAGUAGUCUAAGGUCCGAAUGUUCCUAUUUUAAAAGUCAUUCUUCAAUCAGUCUUAUAAGCAUACUGAUGCCUGACUACUUUUAAAAUAGGAACAUUCGGUACUCAGGCUACUGUUUUAGCAAAUGAAAGGAAACAAUAAAAUUUACUCUUAAUAAUUAAUAUGAUCAUAUAUAGGAUAGACCUCUAUCCUGUCUAUGAUCGUAUUAACUAGAUCUCUAUUUCAAGCUCAAGUAAAUCAUUAUAAAUAUUUUUUACAAUGUGUGGUGGAAGUAAUCUUAACGUGCCUUGAUUUCCACAAGAAACUAAGCUGAGUAUUUUUUUCUUAAAUCAUCUCGCUCAAUACAAAUUGUGUUACCAUCGCGUCGUCUCGCUCAAAAUAAAUAGUAUUUCGUCUAUUGAUAUGUGAAAAACUAAAUAUUAUUAGAAAUGUUUAUAAUGAUAAUGGUUGUUUACAACAAGACAGGUAAGAAAGUUCAGAGUUUAAAUACAAACAUUAUAGGUAUAGAAAACUAUAGUAACAUAAUAAUGUAUAGGGCAUAUGGAUUAUAUAGCGAUAUAGCAGCUCGCGUGGAAACACUAUACUUAAUCUUGCUCGGACAGUAGGUGUUGCCAGAAAUACUAAUUCCCUUAUUUUAGGGUAAAAUAAAUUUUUCUUUUUCGCCGAAUGUUUGGUAAAGUUAUGUAUAUCUAUAGGUUCUAAAUCUGACUUAGUGGCAUAUAUAACACAGUUUUUAUAUUAUCUGUGGUGGCUUGCAAAACUCUUGGAACUAGAGAUAAAUAUAAGUUAAGGUCUAUCUAUAUGUUCUUUAUCUAACUCAGUGGCAUGUAUAACAUAGUUUUUAUAUUAUAUUUGGUGGCGUGCAAAGCUCGUGUUACUAGCGAUAAAUAUUACUUAUAAGCAUUAAAACAUAGAAAAUUGCAAUUGUCAUGCAAAUUAAGGUGUAGCAAACUUUGUAUAGUUAUUAAGGCUCAGAUAUUCGAGGCAUUUUAGUUCUAACAUUGUAUUUCGUUUUCAAUCGAAUUAAUAAUCGAGGUUAUAAAAGACCUAGGUACCUUUUUGUAUAACUUUUCUGGCAUUUCCUUUGCCUCUUCCAUUCAAUUUGUGACGAGUGUACAACCGUCGCUGUCAAAUCAAGUAGUUUAAAUAAGGAAAAUGAGUUGGUAACCUAAUAGAAGAAUUACGCGAUAUUCUAUAAUUAUUGGAACAAACUAUUAACUCUGAUUCUCUGGUCAAACUAACUUCUAUUAUUUGUUUUCCGGCGUAGUGGGUCCAUGUACUUACACAAAAUGGAUUUUGUUUACAGGGUAACUCUGGAAGGCCUUAUAUAAGCCUACCAGAAUAGUUCUUAUUUCUUUGUUCCUUUAAUUUAAGACCAAAUGUAACGUAUGCUGCACCACCCCUGAUUCUCAAUGACAUUGCAAUUGUAACUCAUUUAUUUUUUGCGGAAAUGUCUCCUAAGCUAAAUUUGACAAUAACCGCCGCAAAUUUCGUACGAAGAUAACGGAUGACUACCAAUUUAAGAUUUUAAGUAUAGUUAAUAAUUUGGAGACUGUUUCUUCAUGGAGAAAUUUUGCUCCAUGUAGCUGCUACUUUAAGUGAUCACGUAUUAUUAUCCUAAAAUAAUCUGUUUUGUUGUGAAUAAAUAAUCCCCUAGUUAUAAUUGAUGUGAUUUGUAAAAUAAAUAUUAGUAACUA